GCGCCACAGUUACAUCACCAGCCCCCAUCGUUCACUCUCUGGACGACCCCGAGAAAGUCAACGACGGGCGACAGGUGUUUGCGGUGGUGUAUCAGUGUCACGUGCCUUUUUCACCUCUAGAGUUGACCGGGGCACGCGUCACUGUGACCCCUGACCCUGCCUGUCCAGUGGAGGACAACUGCUACAUACCAGUGUAUACCCCGGAGGUUGUCAAAGGAGGACUAGCCAUCUGCGGCAAAAUAGCCUUCGGUAGUUUGCUGGAUCCUCUGAAGCUAGUGGAAUGGUUUGAAAUGCAGAGGCUGCUUGGUGUGGACAAAAUCCAAAUAUUGGACUUUGGAAAUCCUGAGAAUGUGAGCAGGGUGUUCAAAUAUUAUCAGACUCUCGGCUUGCUGUCUUUUUACCCGUAUAAACUUCCAGGUUUCCCAUGGGGUCGAGGUUUUACUGAUGAAACUAGAGUCCUUUACCAACUGCCCCAGGAUGAAAAUUUUGCUCUUUUUGAAUGCCGUCUUCGACUGGCUGGCUAUGAUUAUGUCAUGGGCAUCGACAUGGAUGAAAUCAUUUUGCCAAGGAACUCGAAAUCACUGAAACCAUUGUUCCAGGAAAUACUCAGCCAAAGUUCUGAACUGGCAGCCGCGUACUUUUACGUGCAGUUCUUUGUGGAGGAGUUCGGACCGGAGGACAAGGAUGCUCCCCUGCACGUGCUCCGCUACCUCAGGAGUACGCCGGCACGCUGGGAGUGCUAUAAGUACACGUAUAUACCCGCCAGAACCAACCAGGGUACAACACAUAGUGUUAGUCCCUACCCCGGCUUUGACACGACGGUAGUUCCAUCGGCAACAGCUGUCCUUCACCAUUAUCGCAAGUGUCCACACGUGUGGCCCACCUGUACUCCCGUACAUAUCACCGACAGGUCCAUCGCGAGGUUCCAAAGGGUUCUUGUCCCUCGGGUGCGGGACGUUCUCAAGACUUUAAAACUUUAGUGAUGUACAGAAAUGUGUAUGGGCGGAUUGUUUACUCUUACCAUGUAUGGUUUAUUAUGUGGAUACCUUAUAUAACACGUGCACAUGUGUUCUUAAGCUUAGCAAACGACACAGGACCUGCAAAUGCUCUCUCCAUUUUGUUUUAUCUGAGCCAAACAUUAAGUGUGUGGUCUGGGAGAUGGUUAUUAGACAAUACAAUAAUGAUAUUCCUGGAUAGAAAUACUACUCAAGCUUUCUUUCAGAUGAGUAUGGGGAUGUCAAUAGACAUAAUUAAAACUGUAUUUUAUUAAUAAAUCAGUAGAAUAUAAAAAGGUCAGAAAGAAUUAGAAAAUAUAAUAAUUCUUGUAAAACACUUGUUUUUUACUGAAUGUUUAAAAGAUUUGAUGGCAGAUAUUGAAGAGAAAAAAUCUUUCACUGUUUUACUGCACAGUAACUAAAAGUCUGGUGACCACAUUAAUAGUGUAUCACAUACAUUAACAGGAUUUGAAAUUUUACAAUAUGAUAAUAAAGAACGUAUUUAUUGUUCA